GUGGGUUUAGAGAGUCGUAAACCACCAGGGGAUCCGUCUCCCCACAAACCCGGGUCUCUGCUAAUAGGAGGAGGCGAAGGAGGGGGAGGAGGCCUGGAGCGAAGCGCUGGUUUUCGCGGGCGCGCGCAGCCGCUGGAGCGGCGGGGUGAGGCCGGGCCAGCUGCCCCUCCCCGGCCAUGCACCGCCUCGCCUGCCGCGGCUCCAGGCACCACAUUCUCCGCGCGCUGUCGCAGCAACCACCUCUUGCGGCCGCCGGCACGGUCAGCCGAGGAGCAGUGCCCGCCCUCCCCACAGUCACCGGCCGAUUCCCCCUCCCUCCUUGGGGACACGCCACCCUUGAGUCCGUGCAGCCCCUCGGGUCAACUUUGAUCUCGAGGAGAAAAGCCACUUUGACCCCGGCCACGGGUUUUGAAUCCCGCUUCCCGGCAGCAGUGGCCUCGCCAAGGCACUGGGGCUAGGUGGGGCAAGAGUUUCCCAAGCGCAUCAGUGUUGCGCUUGGUUGUCUGCAACCUGUUUUUGAGAGAGAGAGAGAAAAAAGAAGAGAAGAGAAGAGAAGAGAAGAGAAGAGAAGAGAAGAGAAGAGAAGAGAAGAGAAGAAGAGAGGAGAGGAGAGGAGAGGAGAGGAGAGGAGAGGAGAGGAGAGGAGAGGAGAGGAGAAAGGAGAGAGAGAGCAGAGGUAUUGUGGCUACUGGUCGGCUGAAGGAGAGAGGGGUGCUUGUUUUUCUUGGUGUUUGGAGACCUCGGCUGGCUGGCUUCUGGAUAAAACGGUUAUCUAAAGAAUCUAAAUAGGCAGCGGCAACUGUUACCAAGAAGGCAACCACCCAAACUCUGGGAGAAGCUGGGGACUUUGCCCGAUCUUCUCCCAGUCGCAAUAGUGAUCAACAGUCAGGUGUUGGUUGCAACUUUUCAAGCAGCAACUUCGGCAGCAGGUGUCAGUCCUAACCCGGAGCUGUCUUUACCGCGCGCGUCCUGGAGGAGCCAUGCGGGCCCCUGGAGUGCUUCUCUCCAGCCGCACCUCGAGGCUCCUGCUUCUGCUGCUGCUCAAGGUUUCUGCCUCCCCUGCCCUCGGGUCCGCUCCGGCGCACAAGAACGAUACUUGUCUCAGGGGAAGCUGUUCAGCAACACUGAUCCAACGUCGUAGCAGGGACGCUUGGGGGCCGAGGAAUUCUGCAAGGGAUUUUCUGCUAACCCAGGUCCGCGGGGAGGAGGAGCAGAGGACAACGGUGCGCGCGGCGCCCUCGUGGGAACGACUGGCUGCCCGGGGUGGUGACCAGGGUGCCGGCAGAGGGGCGGAGGCGUCGGUAGCGGAACCCUCAGGACCACCAGCUUGGCCACCUGGCGCCUGGAGGUGGAAAGGUAGCCGGGGUCAGGAAACCCCUGGAACUUUGGGUAGAGGGCAUCCCACCCCUCUCCAACUUCGACUACAGACUUCAGAAGAGAAGGGGGCCAGAAGAGGUGACAUCUCUGGGCACAGUCAGGAGCCUGGUAUGAGGGCAGGACCUGGAUCAAGAGACCUUUAUUAUUGGCCAAGGAAAGGAGGGAAACUCCAAGCUUCUCAUCACGACCCGCUACCCAGAAGGAUCAGUGAACCAUAUGGGCACGAGGGGAGGACAUUUGCACCCCUUGGCAAGGCGCUGGCGCAGAAUGGGUCCUUAGGAGAAGGAGAAGGGAUUUAUGAACCUGGGGAUCCUCGUAGGGAGAACAGUACCAACAGACAUUUACGACUGAAGAACCCUUUCUACCCUCUGACUCAGGAGUCCUAUGGAGCCUAUGCAGUCAUGUGUUUGUCGGUGGUGAUCUUUGGGACUGGCAUCAUUGGCAACCUGGCUGUGAUGUGCAUCGUGUGUCACAACUACUACAUGCGGAGCAUCUCCAAUUCCCUCUUGGCCAAUCUGGCCUUUUGGGACUUCCUCAUAAUCUUUUUCUGCCUACCACUCGUCAUCUUUCAUGAGCUGACGAAGAAGUGGUUGCUGGAGGACUUUUCCUGCAAGAUUGUUCCAUAUAUCGAGGUCGCUUCUCUGGGAGUCACCACCUUCACUUUAUGCGCUCUGUGUAUUGACCGCUUUCGGGCUGCCACUAACGUUCAGAUGUACUAUGAAAUGAUUGAAAACUGUUCUUCAACAACUGCCAAACUUGCUGUUAUCUGGGUUGGUGCUCUUCUAUUAGCUCUUCCAGAAGUUGUUCUCCGCCAGUUGAGCAAGGAGGAGGUGGGGUUUAAUGGCCGUGCUCCUGCAGAACGCUGUGUCAUAAAGAUCUCUCCAGACUUACCGGACACCAUCUAUGUGCUAGCACUUACCUAUGACAGCGCAAGGCUCUGGUGGUAUUUUGGCUGUUAUUUCUGUUUGCCAACACUUUUCACCAUCACUUGUUCUUUAGUGACAGCAAGGAAAAUCCGGAAAGCAGAGAAAGCCUGCACCCGAGGCAAUAAGCGACAGAUACAGCUAGAAAGCCAGAUGAACUGUACAGUGGUGGCUUUGACCAUUUUAUACGGAUUUUGCAUUAUUCCUGAAAACAUCUGCAACAUUGUUACUGCCUACAUGGCAACAGGGGUUUCCCAGCAGACAAUGGACCUUCUUAAUAUCAUCAGUCAAUUCCUGCUGUUCUUUAAGUCCUGUGUGACCCCUGUCCUCCUGUUCUGUCUUUGCAAACCUUUUAGCCGGGCUUUUAUGGAGUGCUGCUGCUGUUGCUGUGAAGAGUGCAUUCAGAAAUCUUCAACAGUGACCAGUGAUGACAAUGACAACGAGUACACGACAGAACUGGAACUCUCACCUUUUAGUACUAUUCGAAGGGAAAUGUCCACUUUUGCUUCUGUUGGAACUCAUUGCUGAGAGACAGUUUUUGCUUUGCUUAGGUUUCGUUUAUUUGUUUUUUGAUUUUCAUAUCCUGUGAAAGUUUAUACUUCAUAUUUCUCCUUAUUAGGGGAAACUGCAAAAAAAAGAGAGAGAGGAAAAAUAUAUUAAUUACUUUAGAACUGAUUUUGCAAAUUAAUAUUUGUGCUUUGGAAAAUGUUUAUAUUUAGUUAUUGAAGAAGUAUGAAGAGGCCAAUAGUUUUAGAUCAUCUUACCUGGUAUGGUGCUAAUAUUUUAUUGGAGAAAAGUUAUUGCACCUUAACUUAAUUGCUAAGUUUAAUCUUUUUUUUUCAAAUAUAACCAUUGUAUACUGAAUAUAGACAUGUGAUUUUGUAGCUUAUUUUAUGUUUGAGUUGUGAUUGAAAGUAUAUUGUAUUUGGUAUUGUGAUUGAUUUAUAGUUAAGAAGCAUUUACAAAAUAGCACCAAAUAAAUUACACUUUUUUCUUUAAUGAUAUUGUCAAUCUACUUUUAACCAUGAUUCAAUAAAUCUUUUAAUUGCCUUACGUAAACAGUUACUGGUUCUAUGCACAAUUUAAAAUUGGCCUUAUUGUUUAUAACUCUAUUUUCCUUUAAGGAAAGUAAAGGCUGUUUUAAAGCAGUUUCUCUGAUAGUACUAUGAUGUAUGCAUGACUCAUAGCAACUAUAAUGUAUCUAUAACAAAGCUGUAUUUUUAAUAUUCAGAUAUAGAUGUAAAUCACUUUCAAAUGCUUAUAAAAUACAAAUGAAUAGGAAGCAGAAUAAAAACAAAGUAUCAUUUUUAAAAACUCACUCACUCUCAACUAUAAUAUAGAGCAUACAUUUUUCCAUGAAGAAUUAUGAGCAAAACCAAGGACUUAAAAACAAUACCCCUGUCAUCUUGUUGCUACUGAACACUGGUUUUUCAAACACUGUGACUCUAAUGCGAAGUACUUUGAAUUUAGAUAUAUCUAAAUCAGAUGGCAGAGACAGUAACUAGGUGACAGAACGUGGUUGUAGUACCUCAGUAUUCAUGAAAUAAUAUGGGGAAAUCAGUUUUUUAGAUGAAAGUUGUUUUAUGUUGCUUGUCAAGUUCUAUAGUACUUAACACUGAAUAGUGUCACAUACAUUUUAAAUUAUACUGAUUAAGUAAACCAUUCACCUAUAGUUCUGGAAAAAUUAAAAAUAUCCAGUCUAGACCUUUCAUCUUUGAUGAUACACAGAAUAACUAAUCUACAGUGUCCUGAUUAUCUAUUUUGUUCUCAGUCCAGUUAUCUUCCAAAGAUUCUUUUUCCAUAUUGUCUGUAUUGUAAAUAAUUUGUGGUAAACACAGGGCACCAUUGUCUUUUUUAUAUAGAUUUUAAAAAUAUAUUUAUUUAUUAUUGGAUAGAGACAGAGAGAAAUUGAGAGGGGAGGGGAUAUAGAGUGGGAAGGAAACAGACACACUUGCAGCCCUGCUUCACCACUCAUGUAGGUGGGGAGCAGGAGCUUGAACCUCGGUCCUUGUGACAUGAACACCUAACUAGAUGUGCCACUUCUUGACUACCCCCAUUGUCAUUUUUAUAGUAGUUUCUUGUAGUAGAUCAUUGGAAGAUUGUUUGAGGACUAGCUUUUCACUGAGUAAAUGAACAACUGUGAUUCCACUGUAUCAAUUCCCCUGUAUCAUAAUUUUUGGUCAACUUUGCAAAUUAAGAAACACUGAUUAAAUAUGAAGUAUACAGAAAAAUUCUUUACUAUUACUUGCAGUAAAUAAAAAACAAGAUUUGAGAA